CUAGCGUCUCUUGUAUCCCGCAGCCACGCUACCUCAUAACUUGGCCGGAUUUCUUUCCCACACGAACGUCUGUAUAUCCUUGCCGACCAGUCCAGAAACUCGGUUCCGCAGGCCGCGUUUUCUUUGGAUCCGCGAUCGCAUCCCCUCGGCCAAGCUCGUACCAGCGCACCCUCUCUUCUCGCGAAACCGCCGUCGGUCUCUCCGUUUCGAUCGCUAAACGGGGUUUUUUUUUUCCCGAAACUAAUCUGAGAGCCUAGGCGGUGAAAUCAAAACCAUGGCGGUGCGCAUGUUAAAUGCGAACGCGGAGGUGGUGAGCAAGUCGGCGGCGCUGUACAUGAACAUCAACGCCGCCAAGGGCCUGCAGGACGUGCUCAAGACCAACCUUGGCCCGCGCGGCACCAUCAAGAUGCUUGUUGGCGGCGCUGGCGACAUCCGGCUCACGAAAGACGGCAACACUCUCCUGCGCGAAAUGCAAAUCCAGAACCCCACGGCGGUGAUGAUAGCGCGCACGGCCACGGCGCAGGACGACAUAGCGGGCGACGGCACCACCUCCACCGUGCUGCUCAUCGGCGAGCUGCUCAAGCAGUCCGAGCGCUACAUCAGCGAAGGCAUGCACCCGCGUCUGCUCUGUGACGGGUUUGAGCGCGCCAAGAAGGCGACCCUGGCGUUUCUGGAGGAGUUCAAAACGCCCGUGGCCAUGGGCGACACUCCCGACAAGGAGACGCUCAAGCUGGUGGCGCGCACCACGCUGCGCACCAAGGUGCAUGAGAAGCUAGCGGAUCAGCUCACCGAUAUUGUCGUCAACGCUGUGCUGUGCAUCCGCAAGCCCUCGGAGCCCAUCGACCUGUUCAUGGUGGAGAUCAUGCACAUGCGCCACAAGCUCGACUGCGACUCACGCCUGGUGGAGGGCCUGGUGCUGGACCAUGGGGCGCGGCACCCCGACAUGAAGAAGAGGGCCGAGAACUGCUACAUCCUCACAUGCAAUGUGUCGCUGGAGUACGAGAAGAGCGAGGUGAACUCGGGGUUCUUCUACCACGACGCGGAGCAACGCGAGAAGAUGGUGGUGGCGGAGAGGAAGUUUGUGGACGAGCGCGUGCGCAAGAUCAUCGAGCUCAAGAAAAAGGUGUGUGGCGACGGCGACAAGAGCUUUGUGGUGGUGAACCAGAAGGGCAUCGAUCCCAUCUCGCUCGACAUGCUCGCUAGAGAAGGGAUUGUGGCUCUGCGCCGCGCCAAGAAGCGCAACAUGGAGCGCCUGGUGCUGGCGUGUGGGGGCGAUGCAGUGAACAGCGUGGAGGACCUCAAGGAGAGCGACCUGGGGUGGGCGGGGCUGGUGUACGAGCACGUGCUGGGGGAGGAGAAGUACACGUUCGUGGAGCAAGUCAAGAACCCGCACUCGUGCACCAUUCUCAUCAAGGGCCCCAACGACCACACGAUAGCGCAGAUCAAGGACGCAGUGAGGGACGGGCUGCGGUCCGUGAAGAACACCCUGGAGGACGGCGCCGUGGUGCUGGGCGGAGGGGCGUUUGAGCUGGCAGCGCGCCUACACCUGCUGGAGACUGUCAAGCCGUCCGUGCAGGGGAGGGCGCAACUGGGAGUGGAGGCAUUCGCAGAGGCGCUGACAGUGGUGCCCAAGAUCCUGGCGGAAAACUCGGGGCUCGACACUCAGGACGUCAUCAUACAGCUGCAGUCGGAGCAUGCCAAGGGCAACGUGGUGGGGCUCAAUGUGAUGACAGGCGAGCCCAUGGACCCGCAGGUGGAGGGUGUUUUCGACAACUACAGUGUCAAGAAGCAACUCAUCAACUCCGCUCCCAUCAUCGCUUCUCAGCUACUAUUGGUAGAUGAAGUGCUACGGGCGGGCAGAAACAUGCGCAAGGGCUAGUGGCGUGCGAGAUUUUUUCUACAUGGCAUUUUUGUCUGUUUUGAUUUGUUGAACGCAAAUAUUUUGUUAUGCACCUUUUCCAAGAAACCUCGAAGCUUGCGUUUAGUAAGUGGUUUCAGGAAAAUUUUAGAUUCCAGGACG